AUGGCUAUGCCUCCGAUAAAGAAAAGAAAAGUGGCCCACGCCAACGAGGGGCACAAAGAUUUGGGUGCUCUUCCCUCUCACGAGGUAGCCCCGGUCUUGGCUGCUAGACCAGUUUUGUGGGGGUUACCCUUCGAUGUAAUUAGAAUUAUUGCGCUUGAGAUGCAUCUUCAAGACCUUUACAACUUAUCCCAGGCAUGCAAGAAUCUACGCUCGUGUCUCUGGUCCAAGGAUGCAGAAACUCUAUGGAAGGCCGUAAUCAAGAAGAACGGACAUCAGCCAUCGCUUCACCAGCCACCACCUCCGUUCUUGAAGAUUCCCGCAUACGUUCACCUCGCGUGCUCUACGCAUUGCUCCAAUUGCGGCGCUCCCGGGGCAGAAAUUCUCCGUAAAUGGGUGGUUCGUAUGUGUCCCGCGUGCCUGCGAUACGGGUCGGCCGCGAUCGUGUGGUACGGCGACGCUGCGAAACAAAUGCAGUCGCUCAAUAGCGACAUCAGCGAGAACGUACUUGAACAUGCGACUCUCGCGCAGUAUUUCUUCGUCCUAGAUCCUUCCAACGACAAGACAAAUGAGAAGAAAAAUCUUCUCUUGCGGCGCGACGUAACCCGGGUGGUCGAACGCUUCAAGGAACUCGGGUCAGCCGGAUCCAACGACGCUAUGGAGACUUUCGUCAACGCAAUGAAGGACGACUUCGAAAGUCAACAGAAUUAUUCGCGAGGGUUGGACAUAUGGUUGGAACUUCGCCGCAUCAUGAAGCGCAGCCAGGACCGGGAGAUGCGUCGUGCUAAUGCCAGUAGCUCGAAGGCGAAGUCGACGCGGAGGCAAGUGACGUGA